AGUGCGAUUUCAACAGGGGGAAAGUGCCCCUUUGAGUUGAAUUUUUUGGCAGAAUUUAUUGAUGACCUGUGACCAUGUGAUGUGACCUUCAGCAAAUGAAUCACCUCAAAAUGUUUUAUAGGUUUUACUAAAGUUGUAUGGUUGUCAAAUUAACUGUUUUCACUCGAAGUAGAAUAAAAAAUGAUUGUCAUAAUGUUUGAAAUGCUGUGGCCAGUAAUGCAAAUGGAUACAGUAUGACAGCUGCAGUAAAUUUUUGAUCCAGACUCACUGUUAACUACCACUUUGUAUGUGGCGGAAGUAUGGUGUGGUGUGUCCCAACAGAGCUCAAUACCCUCUCGCCUAACUUCUUUGUCACUGAAACAAAUGAAAAUUUGGUGGGGUAAAGAAGAUUCCUCCUAUGAAUACAGAUAAAUUUUGUCUGACAUUUUUCGAUUCAAAUUGGUGGCUUGGCUGCCAAUUUCCACAAACUUUGUCCUUAUCUUUGCAAGAGCCUCUUUAUUGUUAUUCUGUGAACAGCUGUACUUAACAGUUUUGGUCAAAUGUUUUUGCCUUGCUGACAGCUCAAGAAAAGAAUGGAAAAGAAAGUAUAAAGGGGCCCAAACUUUUCAGACAUCUUAAUAAAUGAUUUAAAACCAAACCUUUCUUCUUUAUGCCCACCAUUUCGAUUAUAAAAAAACUGUCCCUUAAGACACCUUUUAUUGUUAAUAACUGCUGUUAUAUUGGAAAAAGAACUUGAGUCAUAGUUUGGGAACCAUGUAGCACAAUGGGCAUGUGUCCUAUAUUUCAGAAACAGAUGCAGUGCCUAUUUGCAGCCCUUUGAGGUUUAUCUGAAGGUUUAUCUCAGAGGUGUAGUGCUAGGGGGGCUCAGGGGGGCUAAUGCCAAAAAGUAGCCAAUUUCUACUUCUGCUAUUGUUUUUCCCAGCGUUUUGUGGAAGAGCCCCUAUAGUUAUUUUGACAGCACUACGCCCCUGGUUAAUCUGUUAUCGGAAGGUUGAUCUAGAUAAGUAAUUUGAGUCGUUUUCAUUCAUUAAUUUAGCGAUAAAGUGGGGAGGCCAUCUAGCCCCUUCCCCCUGUGUCGCGGGCCCUGAUUUCUCCUUUGGAUCCACACAAGCUAUUCUGUCACAACACCAACAACGACAAAAAUUUCAAGCUCAAUACACGAAGUAAAGCUAAGAUUUUCAAUUUUUCAUUUGGUAAUGGCGGGCUCUCACAACGAGGUACAAGUGCCUUUCAGUUUUGAAGGUGGGCGGCUUUUGGAGCUUGCUGUUCAAUCAGAUGUCCGUAUUGAAGACAACGUAGAUGAAAAUAUUUCCCAAGACAGAGCUGGUGCAUUUUCUUACAAGCAUUGUCGCCAUUACAGUAGGACUACGCGAAACCGCUCAAUUUUUUGGAAAAUCUCACAGAAUGCUGUUUAUCUAACUGAAGUUUCACAAGAUCUUCACCUAUAUGGAAACCAAAUUUGUUUGAGAAUAAAAAACCUAACAUUCUUGCCCUGUGUCAAAGUCCUUGAAAAUGCAAAUGUUGUUACUGUCAUUAUUGCAACAGCUCACUCAGUUCACAGACUUACUUGGCAUCACCCUACCAAAGAGAAACAGGGUGCAUACAUUUCGUCCAGUAUUGAUGCAUCUUCACCGUCCAUAUUUGUAAAUAACCCCACUGGUGUCACUGCAGACUCAUGGUGUUUUGCAGCAUUGCCUAAGAAAUGUUUGUCAUUCUCUGCUGAGCUUUCUUCUUCAGGAGAAUGCUUCAUAUCAUUAAUAACAGUGGAAGGAUCUCUUGUCUUUGUUACACUGCCAGCAUUUAACAGCCAGACCUUGCCACAAAUAUCCGAGCUCAAGCAAACAAGCAUCAUGAAACGACUAUGGACAGGACUUGUCCCAACAGUUCUGAGGGGUGAUAAUCUUCCACAUGAUAGUGUACAGUCAUGUGAAAUCCACACUAUAGGGAAAGAAUGUUUUAUCUUUGCACUCUGCAAAGAUCUAAAGAUACGGAUAUGGUCCUGCAAGACUCUUGAAUGUGUUGAAGAUUAUGACCUUUCACCGUUGCUGCCAGAUGUUUUGGAUGUUCAGUCUGGAAUAGCACAAGCCCACAUGAUUCGAAAAGCAACUGAUAUCGAGCAAGGAAAUCAUUUUAUUGGUGUAUUCUUAAAUUUCAGAUUUCAGUCUCAGUUUUUUGCCUUUGAGAUUAUUGAAGAUGAAGGUGACGUGGAAUUGUCGCUCCUUUCGUCUCAUUUCACAAAACAGACAUGUUUAAUGGAUUUCGCGUUAACCCACAAAUACAUCUGGGCAUUAUGGACCAACACAUCCGGCGAUUCGGUAUUGCAAUAUGCUGCCAUUGAAGAGGCUAAUGGGUUGGGUAUAGGCUGGAAUGACGUCACGCUGCAAGUCGAUCAAGAUUCCACCGUGUUUGUGCAUCACUCAAUCGAACCAAAUGAAAUCUACUUGUGCAAUUUAUUCGUACCUGGGAAAUUUUCAAAGAAUGUUUUAUUGAAAACAAUCGAGAUGACAUUGAAGUCUUUCGAUGAAGAAAUUGAUCUAAACGUGUCAAGCAAAUCAUCCUUUGAAGAACUUAAGGAAGCUGUAGAGAGACUGAUUCAAUACGAGAUACAAAAUUUUAUGCUGGAUAACGAGAUAGACCAAGAAGAAUUUUACAACUUACAAAUGCAAAGUUGGAGUAGGUUCUAUGCAUCAGCUGUCCAGUAUGAUCAGGUUGAGCGGAAACCAAUUGGCCUUCAUUCUGAUGAGAGUUCAGGCUUAGUUUCUAUCAUACGUCAGAACUACCGUGGAUAUCUCGUGUCAAAUUCCUGGUUGGAGAUGUUGUAUUUAAAGGACCAACAUUCUCAUGAUAACUGUAUGAGGUAUCUACACAAUGAAGCUGGAAUUGCAGAUACUGAUGUUUGCAGCAGCAUUUUGGAGCUAGUUGACUGCUUAAAAUCAAUCUCUUUACUGUUCACUGAAACAACGUUAAAUAAUAUAGAGAGCAGUAUUGCUACGAAUGAGGACAUAAAAGAAAUUUUUGCUUCGUUGGCAAGGGAUCUCUUAACAGAUGCAAGCAAUUCUUCAGAUCUUGUUGGUGAUGCAAGAUUGACUGAUAAGUUCGUACGGAGUCUCCAGCUUAAGCUGAAAGAUCUUCCAGACAUUCUCGGCGCGAUUUCAACAAUUGUCGAUACACUGGACCCUUCAAAAUGGCUUCCAAACGACUUCGAAAAUUUGGAUGAAGGGCUUCAAGCAUUCUCUGUGAACUCGAGCCAUUCAUUCAGCAGCAAGGAAGGUAGGGCAGUGAUCGUCGAAGCCAUUUCCAGGAAAGCGCAAACCAGCAUGGAAAUCUGCAGAGACCUGUUGCUAUUAAUGAACUCGAUGAUUUGCCUAGGUUCCUCGGCUGGCAUCUUGGACGACAAAAGAGCUGUUCUUGUCGCUGAGUGUAUUCCAAAAGUAUUGGAGCUGUUGAAAUCUUUUUUCACGAUAAUUUGGUUGCGAAGGAAUACUUUUACCACCGACAAUGCAGAUUACGUGGAAAACAGUUUGAAAAAGUUUGCUGCUUUGGAACUUGUAGACAUGAAAAUUUCAUUGAAAAAGUCAAAAUGGGAAGGAUUCGCAAAUCAGUCCAUACUUAAUGCUUUUGUGUCGCAAGUUGGUCUGUCAAACAGCCUGAAAAUAUUUGCCAGACUACCAGCAGAAUCGCAGUCAGGAUCAGCAAGAAAAGCCACACGACCUUGGGACUAUGAUUUUCAAAUUAUAUUUGAUAUGAUUUUCAGAUCCAUAUGGCCAUUACGCUUUGGGACACAACUUCCAGAGUUCCUCUUGGCACAAGGUCAGGCAACGUUGUUGAUAGAAUAUUUGGCCAUGUGCAGCGACUGGUGCUCAGCAAACAAAGGAUCGAGAGAAUUUCUUUUAGGCCAAGCAUAUUUACAGAACGGCGAGCAUGAGAAGGCAAGACAACAUUUCUUCAAGGCAACCAAAUUCAUAGCUGACGGAGAAGACCUUCUUUCACGUCUUAUUCCAGAAGAUGCAACUGAAAAGCCAAACAUGAUUGUGUUUUACUUUAUUACGGUGAUGAGGUUAUUUGAACAAUUUGAUAAUCCGGAAAUGAUGAUCAUUGUUGCAAAGGCCGCCAUUUUUCUCGCUAACAAUGCCAAGUCCAAGGAAGUUGCAAUGUUAUGGUCAAAUAUAUUCAAAUGUCAUUUACAACUCGGCCAGACCAAUGACGCUUACCAGGCGAUUGUUCUCAACCCAGAUAAACAAAGGCGACGCAAUUGCCUGCAUAACUUCAUCGUUACUCUAUGUGAAAGAAAACAGUUACAAGAGAUAUGCAAUUUCUCUUACUCUUCAAUGGAGGAUGAUGUUGUCAACAUAAUUGAAACAAGAGCAAGAACAGUCGAUAUCACCAUCAACGACUAUUACGAUCUCUUGUAUGCAUUUUAUUCAUUCAGAGGAGAUAUGCGAAGAGCUGCUACAACUAUGUACGAGUAUGCAUGUCGACUGCGGACAGAGAUGCAUGGGUUGGAAUCAUUGCAGCAGCAGGCUAAAUGUUUUCUUGCUGCAAUAAACUGCCUCAGAAUUUGUGAUCAAAAUUAUGCGUGGAUUGUCAGGCCAUCUCAAGAGAAAAUCGAUGUUUAUGAUAUUGAGGAUGACUUUACUAUGCAAGGGAGAUCCCCAAAGCGAAGUGAAGAUGGUGAAGAAAUUGCACUUAACAUUGUGGACAUAAAGAAAGGUACCAAAAAGACUGUCAUUGUUGAACUGUCAGACCUUGAAAAGGAAUACCUACUUAUUGUUGCAAGGUUAAAUCUGGUUCAGUUCGACAAAAAUUCUUCAACCGCUCUUGGCCCAUAUCUGAGUGCCAACGAAAUAGUACCACUUUUGUCUCAGUCUGGCCUCUUUGACAGAGCAUUUUCCAUCGCCAUCGCAUUCAAGCUAGAUCUGGAUCCAAUUUUCGAAGGAAUUGCAUCCAAGUGUGUGAGAGUUUGUAAUGAUGUUUCAAAAGGUUUGGCAAUGGACCAAGCUUUCAACUGGUUGACUGCUAAUGACACUGGUUUGACACAGAGCAUUAAUGAUGUCAGUGCAGUAGAACAAACAUGGAGACUUCUCAGGAGCUACCUCGACAAAUUCACAAAAAUAAAUGGGCCAGUGUAUCACAAAUCAGUUGCUAUAAAGCUCUUGUCUUUAGGGUACAGUCUUCCAACUUGGUUUGUACAUGACUACAAACAGAGAAAUGCUGCAGAACUUUUGCGAAUUCUUAUUAACUUUGAUUUGCUCGAAGAGGCUGGGGACCUUGCUGUUGAGUAUGUGAAUGCAGUUUUAGGGGUUGGAAAAGAAAACUUUGGUCUAAAGGAUGCAUUACAUGUGAAUUCUCCAGCUGUUUGGCUUCCAUAUUCUGCACUUGAUCAUCUGGUUGUACUUUUGAAAGACAAAUAUGGCGACUCCAAAUUGCGACAGGUUCAUCACAACUUAUCUAUGAAAAUGAAACAAUAUUUUGAAACUGUGGAAAUGGUGUCACAUGACAAAGUUGGAAUAACACUCAGGACCUCUCGAAUACAAGCAAUUAAAAUAUAGUGAAACUUGACUUUUCUGUAAGAUAUCUCGCUACGAAGAUCAGUGACUGAAUCUUGUUGGUUUUUAGCUACAGGCUGCAAGAAAAUUCCUUUUUAUAAAUAGAUUUAUAUAUUAAAUGAUAAUCAUCA